UGGGAACUCAGCCAUUUCGUUUUCUCUGUCAAAUUUUGAAGCACAUCCACAAAAUAAUCAGUUUUAUGCCGAAUAAAGGUUCAGUCGCUUAUACUGUGAACACCGAGGUUAAAGUUAAAAACACAGCUAAAUAUUAGCUGUGUCCACCCCGUCAGCUACUGUCAAGUGACAGCUGGUGUGUGUGAAACCUGGCAAUGUCCACCAUGGUGUAUCCACGUGAAGAAGCCCUGGAGCGACUGAGCCAGGAUGAGAUCGUCCUUAACACUAAGACCGUCAUGCAGGGUCUGGAGACGCUGCGUGGCGAGCACGCCCAGCUCCUAAACUCCCUGCUGGACUGCACCCAGCCACCUGUUGCACAAGAGAAGUCGGGGCUGCUGCGCAAGAGUCUGGAAGCCAUUGAGCUGGGUCUGGGAGAGGCACAGGUGAUCAUCGCCCUGUCCAGCCACCUGAGCGCCGUGGAGUCGGAGAAGCAGAAGCUGCGCGCUCAGGUGCGCCGCCUCUGCCAGGAGAACCAGUGGCUGCGGGAUGAGUUGGCUGGAACGCAGCACAAGCUGCAGCGCAGCGAGCAGAGCGUCGCCCAGCUGGAGGAGGAGAAGAAGCACCUGGAGUUCAUGAACCAGAUCAAGAAGUUCGACGACGACGUGUCGCCCUCCGAGGAGAAGAACCAGAGCUCGGGCGGCAGCACAGGCGGAGACGCUUCAAAGGAUAACCUGGAUGACUUAUUCCCUAAUGAUGAUGACCAGGGACCAGCCCAGCCCAGUGGAGAGGUGGCAGCCCAGCAGGGAGGCUACGAGAUCCCGGCGCGCCUCAGGACGCUGCACAACCUGGUGAUCCAGUACGCCUCUCAGGGGAGGUACGAGGUGGCUGUGCCGCUGUGCAAGCAAGCCCUGGAGGACCUGGAGAAGACAUCUGGGCAUGACCAUCCAGACGUCGCCACUAUGCUCAACAUCCUGGCUCUGGUGUACAGGGACCAGAACAAAUACAAAGAAGCCGCUCAUCUUCUGAAUGACGCUUUAGCCAUCAGGGAGAAGACACUGGGGAAGGACCACCCAGCUGUGGCUGCAACCCUCAACAAUCUCGCUGUAUUAUAUGGCAAGAGGGGCAAAUACAAGGAGGCUGAGCCUCUCUGCAAGAGAGCACUGGAGAUCAGAGAGAAGGUGCUGGGGAAGUACCAUCCCGACGUGGCUAAGCAGCUGAACAACCUGGCCCUACUGUGUCAGAACCAGGGCAAGUACGACGAGGUGGAGUACUACUACGGACGAGCCCUGGAGAUCUACGAAUCUAAGCUCGGAGCUGAUGACCCCAAUGUGGCCAAAACCAAAAAUAACCUGGCCACAUGCUACCUGAAGCAGGGGAAAUUUGCAGACGCUGAAGCUCUGUACAAAGAGAUUUUGACCAGGGCGCACGAGAAGGAGUUUGGCUCUGUCAACAAUGAUAAUAAACCAAUCUGGAUGCACGCUGAGGAAAGAGAAGAGAGCAAGGGCAAACGCAAGGACUCAGGCCCAUAUGUAGAGUAUGGGAGCUGGUACAAGGCCUGCAAGGUGGACAGCCCAACAGUGAACACAACCCUCAAAAGCUUGGGAGCUUUGUACCGUCGCCAGGGCAAACUGGAGGCCGCAGAAACACUGGAGGAGUGCGCCAGCAAGUCACGCAAACAGGGUAUUGAUGCCAUUAACCAGAGUAAGGUGGUGGAGCUGCUGAAGGACGGAGGCUCUGGGAGCGACAGACGACACAGCAGGGAGGGAACGAACGGACCUGGUGGACAGAGAGGGGAGAACGAGGGCGACGACUCGGCUGAGUGGAACGGGGAUGGUAACGGGUCUCUGCGCCGCAGCGGCUCCUUCGGUAAGAUUCGUGAUGCUCUGAGAAGGAGCAGCGAAAUGCUGGUGAAGAAGCUGCAGGGCAGCGGUCCUCAAGAACCCCGCAACCCAGGAAUGAAGAGAGCCAGCUCCCUUAACUUCCUCAAUAAGAGCACCGAGGAAACCACACAGGAUGUCAACUCUGGACUCUCAGACAGCAGGGGGCUAAGCGCCAGCAACGUAGACCUAUCCAGACGCAGCUCCCUGCUCGGCUAGACCGGAGACGGGAGGCAGAAGCGGCCCGAGGAGGAGAGGCUGUUUGCAGCUCGGUUUGGUCCAACUACACACUUAAAGCUCAACGCCAGAUCAAACACUUUGCGCCUGCAGCAUAUUUUUUUAAAGAACACUGGGGAGGAGGGAAAGCAUUAGCUCCACACUCGAGGUCGUCCUCUGAGACGCUGCUGCUUCGCUGUAUAAAACGCUGCCAUCGACCAGAAAAGAGAAUAUUUAGAUACACAUUUACGAGCAUGCUGCUUACUAGUUCGUGGAACGUCUGCACCUGAACGCCUCGUGUUUUUUCUGGGGGUUUUUGGGGGUUUUUCCACUCACAGCACCGUAGCAGAGCAUCGUGCGUUAUGACAGGUCGGUUCCUUCAGUCCAGAUCUCUUAUGUGCAGAAACUCAACCUUAGGUGGGCUAAUUAUAAUCCAGGUCCAGUCCAGUUUCACCAGUAGCAUGAAGUAGACACAGACACUAACCAUCCACCUGAAGCAUAUUGCAGAUGGUAAAAACGGUACUACCUGAAAGAUAGAGCAGAGGUGUAACAAGAGGAUACAAGCAUCAUUAGCACUAACCAUUUCAACCUCACUUUAUGCCUUUUUUAUGUAAAUACAGAUUUAAAUUAUUUGGUAUUUGAUUCUCUGUGUAUAGUGCACUGAUUUAUUUCUUUGUUUGUUUGUUUACAUUUUA